AUGCCGCGCACACGGAAACAGCGCACGACCACGCUCUACCUGCCUCCGCCAGACCUCGAGUCGGCAGAGCGGGCAGCAGCAUCAACAACACCCUCUCAACCACCUUCACUCGAGGUCCUCCUCAUGGCACAGCAGAUAGCUCAUUCACGAGGCCAUACGUUUGACAUUGACUCGUUCCUCGCGCCCGAGCAGCGCGACGAGUACAUUGCGCUGCUGGCAGAGGAAGGAGCCAGUGCCCACACGGCUCCCUCCGUCACUGAACCGACAGAGCCCGCCGAGCUGCCAGACGCCGACACGGCCGCCGAGGCCACCGACGACGAGUUUGACGAGCCCAACGGACGACCAUCCAAGCGUCUGCGGAUAGGACCGCAUACCCCUCUCGCUCAGGUGUACUGGAAGCAACGAAUGGAUCGACUGGGGCUGGCAGGCCAUGCCCGUCGAAGUGCAACUCCAGGAGGACCCAGUUCCGCCACGCCAAAGGUCAAGGCCGAUCCCGAUGAGCCUGGAACAGCAGCACCGUCUCCAGCACCCACUCCAGGAGGUACUCCUUCACGAAAGGACCACUCGGCACCUCCUCGGCCACUGACCGUCGCCGAGCGUGUCGACAUCCAGGGCUCUGCCUCGUACUGGAACCACCUCCUUAUCCAGGCGCGAGCAUCUCGUGGUCCACAAUGGGACUACAACACCCAACUCUUGCAGUUUGACCGGGGUGCCCCCGAAUACUACAGCCAGGGAAUGUCACCACCCGCGACUCCACCUCCGCGCUCGCCCAAGAAGCUCCCAACCGAGGCAGCUGGGGCUGGCCCGUCGGGGUCUGUACCAGUACCUAGCCGUGAAGCUCCCAACGGUACACCAAAUGGAGAGGCCAGCCCUGCUGGCAGCGCCAACGCAGCACUGCCGGGCGCCACUCCUGGUAGCGGUCGUCCGUCUUCCUCUGGCGGUCGGCCGCCUGGGACCAACCAGUUCUUCCCACAAGGCGCGUCACCCCUCGCCAACUCGCAGCAGCUGCAGAUGAACCUCCGUCUUGCACAGGCCCAGCAGCAGGCCACCGCCCAGGCCCAGCAACAGCAGGCCCAGCAACAGGCCCAGCAGGCCGCCGCGCGCUCGGCAGCUGUUCAGCAACAGGCCCAGCAACACGCUCAGCAACAGGCCCAGCAGGCCCAGCAGGCCCAGCAGGCGCAACAGGCUCAGGCCCAGCAGGCGGCCCAGCUCGCCCAGCAGCAACGCCUCGCUCAGCAGCAGGCCGCGGUACAGGCUCAGCAGCAGGCCCAGCAAGCCCGAGAGCAGCAGGCCCAACAGCAGCAGGCCCAGCAACAGCAAGCCCAGCAGGCCCAGCAGCAGCAACAGUCCCAGCAGCAAACCUCGCAAGCGCAGGCUCAGGCCCAGGCGCAAGUCCAGGCCCAGGCGCUCGCCAUCGGCCAGGCAAACGAGCACGGGUUCAACCUCAACCCGUCAAUGCUGCACAUGCAGUCCCCGACACACACGCACAUGAGCGGCAUCAACCCCAUGGCCCUCAUGGGCGGCGGCGGCGGCGGUGGUGGUGGUGGAGGAGGCGGCGGCGGGAUGCCACAGGGCAUGAACAUGAGUCCCGGGGCCGCUGGCGCUGCGGGCGGAGGCCAGUUUGGCGGCGGGGCAGGCGCGGGACCGAUGAUUGGCGGCGGGCCGAUGUUGGCCGGUGGGUGGGGUGAGGGGACGUUUACGUCGUGA